AUGGCCGAUGUUACCGGGAGAGUUCCAUGGGCUAUUCGUAGACGUAUUCUCGAAGAAUACAGAAAAGUGGAGACAAAAAUCGCAACAAACCCGAAAUUGUGGAGAUCAGUGGCAUUUAGAGCUCACAAAAGAAUAUAUGAAAACAUGGGAGGGGACUUCGUGAAUUAUCCGGAAUUCGAAUUCUGGUUCUCGAGAUUUCUUCAAGGAAAUUUCAAUUUGCAUCAUGAUAGAAGAUCCGAUCCAAAAGCCCGCUCGUUUACCGACUUGCCACUAGACGUUUUUGAAAACAUUGGCGAAUACUUGGAGUUAGAAGACAGAAUGCGACUCCGUGAUGUGUGCAAGGAUGUUCGAUUUCAAGUUGACAAUUGGGAUCUGAAAGUGGACGAGAUUUCCUAUAGCGAUCGAAAUGAUUGGAGAGCCUUUAACAGAUCCAGUCCUGGUUUCUAUCGGGAUCCUAUUUCUUUUGUGACGAGUGUUCUGAAGCUUCCAAAUCUCCAAUUGGAGAAAUUGUCGAUUUAUAUACAGGAUGGAUGUUGGAAGGAAUUGAUCAGAGAACUGGAUAGAUCGAAUCGAAAACUUCAUGUGAAGAAGGUCAAAUUUGUUUCUUUAUACAAUUCAUCAAAAUUUGAUGUGCACUUUAUGGUUCCGAAAGUACUGGAAGAGAUCACACUGUACAUCAAGAAUCCAAAAUACGAAGGAAUGUAUGAAAUGAUUGAAUCGGAGCAAUGUAAAUCAGCUAAAAUGGUGCAUAUUUAUACUCCGACUGUCACUUCUAAAUUUCCAUUGGAAGCUCUUUACAAUUGCCCACGAUUCACUCUUAAACUCGGUGGAAAACCUGCUUUGAAUUUGAAAGCGGCAUUUCUCAAGAAUCUCAUGAAAAAAGGCGAAGUACGAGAAUGCGUUCUCUACGCUGAGAGUGGAAUCAUGGACUAUUUCAGAGAACCGUUUAAAAAAAUGGGGGCUCCGACCUCCAGAAUGAUGAUUCCGGUCAUCCGGUCGCGUCAUCGUCGUUUCCCGAUUCCGGGAACAAACGAAUUCUACGAACUCGAAUCUAAACUCGGAUUCACUCAUCUAACGGAGACUUUGCAAACCAACAAAAUGGACGAGGUCAUCGAUACUGAUUCAUUGGCUACUCGUAGACUCAUCCUCGAAGAAUUCGAGAAAGUACAGGAACACAUUGCAACAAACCCGGAAUUAUGGAGAAAAUUGAGUUUCGAAGGUCACGAAAAGUUGUGUAAAGUGAUGGGAGCUGAUUUCAUUGACUAUCCGGAAUUCGAAUUCUGGUUCUUGAGAUUCGUUCAAGGAAAUUUAGAAUUGGAUUAUGAUAGAAGUUCCGAUCCGAAAACCCGCUCAUUCACCGACUUACCAUUGGAAAUUUUUGAAAACGUUGGCGAAUACUUGGAGUUGCAUGACAGAUUGAAACUCCGUGAUGUGUGCAAGGAUUUUCGAGCUCAUGUUGAUAACUGGGAUCUGAAAGUGGCCAUGCUUUGGUAUCUCUCUGCGAAUCAUUGGCAGUUUCAUCAGUCAGGACGCGAACCUUAUCGCCCAUGGUCGCGCUCACGCAGUAUUGAACUAGAUGAAGAUUACAGAUUCAGUCCUAGGAAUCCAAUUUCUUUCGUGAUGAAUGUGCUGAAACACCCGAAACUUCGAUUGGAGAAAUUGGAGAUUGAUCAACAAGAUGACUAUUGGAAGGAAUUCAUCAAAGAACUGGAUGAAUCAAAUCAGAAACUUCAUGUGAAGAAGGUGGAAUUUGGAUAUAACCAUUUAUCAAAAAUUGAUUUACACUUUAUGGUUCCCGGAGUUCUUGAAGAGAUCAAGCUGUUCAUCGAGAAUCCAAAACGCAAAGAAAUCAUUGAAAUUGUUGAAUCGGAGCAAUGUCAAUCAGCUAAAAUGGUCCAUAUUAAGAGUCCGACUGUCACUUCUAGAUUUCCAUUGGAUGCUCUAUACAACUGUCCACGAUUCAGUCUGCAACUCGAUGGAUCAGCAGACGGUUUGAAAGCGGCAUUUCUCAAAAAACUCAUGAAGAAAGGCAAAGUGGAAAAAUGCGUUCUCUACGCUGAUAGCCAAAUCAUGAAGUAUUUCAAUGAACCGAAGGCUAUGGUUCCGAACUUUCCGUCGCUUCGUCGUUACCCGAUUCCUGAAACUAACGAUUUCUACGAAAUCGAAUAUCAAGGAGAUGCCAUCAAAAACCGCAAAAUUUUCCAGAAAAUUCCUCAUAUCAAAAUGGCCGAAUUCAUCAAGAACAAUCCGAAAGUGUUUCGAACUUGUAUUUUUUAUGAAUUCUCAGAUCGAAAACCAAUUUUCGAAAGUUAUAAGGAGUUGCGAAAGAGAUUGGAUAACGACGUCGAUUAUCAAGAAUUCGAGUUUUGGUACAUGAGAUUUUCUCAUGGAAAAUUCGAUUUGGAUUAUGAUAGAAGUUUCGAUCCAAAAACCCGCUCGUUCAUCGAUUUGCCACCAAAUGUAAUGGAAAGAAUCGGACGGUAUUUGGAUUUGAGAAAUAGAUUCAAUCUCCGAAUUGCAGCAACUGAAGAAAUCAGAUGUAUGAUCGAUAGUUGGGAUCCAAAAGUCACUGAAAUCGAGUACAUUCACUACAUGAAACCUCAAUAUUCUCGUGUUUUAAUGAAAAAUAAGAUAUCAUCACCGUUUGAAUCAAGAUUAUACGAAUAUUCUAGACUCGAACGGGACAAUUUAAUGAGUGUGUUGAAGAACCCAAAACUGCGAUUAGAUAAAUUGAAAAUUCGUUGUUACGAUGAGAAAUGGAGAGGAAUUAUUGAGGAAUUGAGUCAAUCGAAUCAUAAAUUAUUCGUGAAAAAGUAUGAAAUGACUAAUAAAUCAUCGAAAGGAUCAAUCACUUUGGAUUUCCUGGAGCCGUCUGCACUUGAAGAAGUCAACCUGUAUUUCUGUGAUUCAGCCGAAAAAAUGAGUGAAAUUGUGAAAUCUGAGAAUUGUCAAGGACUGAAAAUGCUCACAAUCAAGAAUUCCUUUCCGAUGACCGUGCUUCCAUUCGAAUCAUUCUAUAAUUGUCCACGAUUCACUCUCAUUUUUUAUAGCAAGAUUUGCGAGGAAAAGCUGGUGGAAUUUGUCAAGAAUCUCAUGAACACCGCCCAUCUGGAGAUUUGUCAUCUGAAAGUUGCUCCGAAUAAGAACAAAUUCGAAACUCAACGAAUCGGCCAGUUGUUGAAUAGAGAUGACACAUAUAUCAGACAUCGACCGAAUCUUCGUCGUUACCCGAUUCCAAAAUCCCGGGAAUUCUAUGAAAUCGAGUUCGGAGAGACGAAUAUUCGUGUCGAGAGAAAGAAAUGA